AUGAGCAACACAGACACCACCACCCCCGCCCGGCGAAGAGUUGAGGUGAUAUCCUCUACCAGCGGCAACAUCUCGUACACCCCGAGAGAUCCGUUCGACUGGAAGCGCCGCGACGCCGAACCCCCGAGCUUUCCGUCCCCGCGCAUCCAACCGCGCCAGCGCCGACCUCACUCCAUCCAUACCCUCUCGUACCCUCCCGGCUUUAUUCCGUCCGACUUGCGGCGCGAACACGAACUCGAACUCGCAACACGGCUGCAAGACGAGGCCCGGCAGGCAAAAAGGAGGAAGGACGAGGAGAAAGAGCAGAAGGCACGCCAGAAGAGAGCCGCAGAAGCACAACAGUGGAGGAAGUCGCUUUCGCUCGAGCGUUCCAGUUUCGCCAUCAAAGCCCUCGACAGCCUCCUCGCGACUCUGUCCCCGUCGCCCAUCGGUUCUCUCGGCUCAACGGCCCCGACCGCCCCAACCGCCCCAACCCCCGAUCCCGAGCCCACCGUCGACGACGAACCGAUAAUGCGCGCGCCCGUCAUGGUUGACGCAAUCCGGCCGCCUUUGGCGGGCCCUCACGCGAAUUCCCACCACCGGAACAGCAUUAUGUCCGUCCGGUCGGCAAAGAGCGUUGCAACAUCCUCGGUAGCCGAGAUACAGAAACCCGUCGCGUCCGGUAGUGGGGUUGCAUGCUCGAUACGGCUCGCCGAACCCAACGUCUUCCUCACCGGUUUCGACCACGACGGCCAGAACCGACCCGAGGACCGGAACGCGACGGCCCUUCUCAGGGGGACGCUCCAGUUGUCCGUGUCCAAGAACAUCAAGAUCAAGGCUAUCACACUGAAGCUCGUUGGGAAGGCCCGGACGGAAUGGCCCGAAGGCAUCCCGCCUCUAAAAGUCGACCAGUUCGAGGAGGAGACGUUACGGGCCCAGUCGUUGGUCUUCUUCCACGCCAUGCACCUGGGCAUCUGGGAGACCGAGUUCGGCAACCAGUGCACGUAUAACCUAAAAGGGAGCAGCGGUCCCAUGACGAAUCUUAGGCCUCCUCUGUCGGCCGACUCAUCAGUCACCUCGCUUUCCUCCAUAGCCAGGAGUCGCCAGAGCAUCAGCCUCUCCCCCAAGGAGCUCAAGCGCCUGUCCCUCCGGUCGGCUAACUCGCGCAGUUUUGGCAAGGACGACAACCCUGCCGCCAACCCGGUCCAGGCAAAGGGAUACAAGGUAUUCUACCCGGGGACCUACGAGUACUCGUUCGAACUCCCCAUCGACCACCACCAGCUCGAGACCACGAAGCUCCAGUACGGCUCGGUGAAAUGGGAGCUGGAGGCCAUAGUCGAGCGCGCCGGCGCCUUCAGGCCCAACCUCCGCGGCGCGAAGGAGGUGUCAGUCGUCCGCGUCCCCGACCAGCUGUCCCUGGAGAUGACGGAGCCUAUCUCCAUAUCGCGGCAAUGGGAGGACCAGAUGCACUACGACAUCGUCAUCUCGGGCAAGAGCUUCCCCAUCGGGGGCAAGAUACCGAUCGCUUUCAAGCUCACCCCUCUCGCCAAGGUGCAGAUCCACAAGCUCAAGGUGUUCCUGACCGAGAGCGUAGAAUACCGCACCAACAACCGGCGGGUGACGCGGAAGGAUCCCGGCCGCAAGAUGCUGCUCCUCGAGAAGGCGGCGGGGAAGCCGCUGGACAAACAGUACAGUCAGAGCGAGUUCCACAUUCUCGGCGGCGGAGAGCUCUCCCCGGGCGAGCGUGUGGAAGCCAGGGCGGCCGCGGCGAGACGGCGAACCCUGGAGGCUGCGAGGACGAACAGGGCACCCGAGCCGCUGCCCGAGCCGGCGGACAACCUCCUUGGAGAUCUAGAUCUGGGGCUCGAGACGUAUUGGUGUAGCACUGAGAUUGAGAUGAACGUCCAGAUACCGACCUGCGAGAUGAUGGCCAAGGACAAGGGAUUGCGGUUGAACCCGGACUGCAGCUGGAAGAACGCUAACGUUUUCCACUGGAUCAAGGUGGUCCUGCGCAUCUCCCGCGUCGAUCCCGAAGACCCCACUGGCCGCCGCCGACGCCACUUCGAGAUCAGCAUCGACAGCCCCAUCACGGUGCUCAACUGCCGCGCUACCCAGGCCAACACGUCGCUCCCGCGGUACUCGGGCCUAGACAGGCUCCCCGCCUCCCAGCAGCAACAGCCACAGACAACAUGCGGCUGCCCCGACGCCCUCGCCACCCUGACACCACCGACAAGUACCGACAGCCCGUCGAGCUCGACGGCGUCUCUGGAGAGUCGCGACAGCCCGGCCAACAGCAUCGCCCCGUCCGCCCUCCCCGCCCCGCCCCAGGCCGCCCACUUCCAGUCGCCGGCGGCCCAGAGCAGGGCCAACAUGGCGGCGGGCGUGUCGCCGCGGAACACGUGGCCGCUGGCGCAGUCCGCCGCCGCCGCCGGUUCCUCCCCCUACGGCGGCGGGCCCGCGGUCGGAUACCGCCCCAUGGAGCUGCUGCGGUACCCGUCAUACAACCCCCCCGCGUUCGACGCCGACGAGCCGCCCCCUCCCCUGCCAAUCGACCCGGCGGCGACGCCGCCGCCCAACUACGACGCCAUUGUCGGCACGCCUAGCGUCGACGGGCUGGCCGACUACUUUGCGCGGCUGGCCGACUACAACCACGACGGCGGUCGAAUGGCAGGGCAGGAGGAGGAGGUGGUGGUGGAGGGGGCCGAUUACCUCUCUGCUGCGGCGACGGUGUCUCGGGCCGAGGAGGAGGAAGCGGACGAGGAGGAUGAUUCCGACAGCGGGGACGAGCACCACCCGGCCAGGAUACACCGCGGCGGGAGGGUCAACGUGGCGAACCCGAGGACGCCCGGCGGGCGGAUGGUGCCGAGCCGGAGCUUGGAGCUGGAGAGGCCUGCCAUGGUGCUGAGCAUGGCUGGGGUUGUGCGGAAUGGGGAGUGA